AUGGGGCCGAGCGUGCUAGGUCUUCCCCCGACCUCCGCCUCCUCCAUUCUGCAAGAGGACGCCCUGCCCCACCGUGAGUCCCCUCCUUGUUUUUUUCUCCCUCCCCCUAAUUCCCUGGCCGCCCAGCUUCUCCUCCCCUUCUACUUCUUUCUUCCUCCCGUAGCUAGUUUCCCUGGCCGAUCCCCUUGCUCUCUCUCGGUUUCCUCCCAUGGGCGCUGGAGCCCUGCUGCUCCCUCCUCCCUUGAGCUCCCCAGGCGCCUCCCUCCUCCUAGCACCCUCCCUCACGAGCUCCUCUCAUGGCGCCCUCGAAGCUCCCUCUCCCCGCGCCUUCCUCCUGCGACCCCCUGGCCACGCGCGCCACCGGCGCUGCCUCUCCCCGUCGGCCGCGCCGGCCUCGCGCCCUGCGGCUCCCUCUCCACGCGCGCCGCCGCCGAGCUCGCCGCCUCUCCACCUCGCCGGCGCCGCCUCUCCCCGACGCCCGCGCCUGCCCGCGCCUCUCACCACGCCGGCGACCACCUCUGCGCGAGCUCCGCCGCCCGCACCCACCUCGCCGUCGACCUCCACCAGCAGCUGCAGUGGGCUCCUCCUUCCUCCAGCAGGUGCGGCCUCCUCGCUGCUGCUCUCCUCGUCGCUGGUAGCGCCCCCACCUGCAGGGCUCCCCACCAGCCUCCUCUGCCUCCAGCCCGCAGGCCCAGCUCCCUCCUCCUUGGCCCAUCCGCAAGCCCAAGCCAGCGCCUCCGUGUGCUUGCUGCCGUGCUACUGUUGCCGCUGCUAGCUGUCGUGUUACCGCUGCUCCGCGAGUGCUUCGCCGUGUCGCUGCCCAAGUCUUUGUUGUGCGCCAUGAAGACCGAAGAAUCUCCGAGCCGAUGCGGUGAACCACUACUUGGACUACAUCGUCUACUCGACUACGCCGACUAAGUGUACGACUACCUCGUCUACGUCGACUACUACAUCGCGACGCCGCACGAGUCCAAGGUAUAACGAGCGACCGUUCCGUGAAGCCCACCGUCUUUGGCGUAGACUCUUAGGUUGCAAUUGGUGAUAUUCAUGUGUUGUAUGAGAUGCCCGUGAUUGUACCGAUAGUAUUGAUAGUUGCAGGUAACUUGUUGCCAUUGGUGUGUGCUGCCCCGACCUAGUCGGAUCUUUGUGUUAUUCUUGUUAAAUUUUGUGUUGCACCUAUCCAUGUCAUUCUCAUGCAUGAUAAUACAACUAAAUGUUGAGUGUAGUUAAUCAAUUAAACUCUAUUCCUUGCAUAUAGAGAUGUAUAGAUGCUAUGUGUAG